CCGAGGCGGGGAAGCAGCGGAGAAGGUGGGCGCGCUCGCCUCCAUGGCCGGGGCUCGCGUCCACUUCGGGGUCCUUUUCGUGGUGCGAGUGGCGCUGGCCACUGUCUACUUCCAGGAGGAGUUUCUGGACGGAGAACGCUGGCGCAACCGGUGGGUGCAAUCCACCAAUAACUCCCAGUUUGGGCAUUUUAGAGUCUCGUCGGGGAAGUUUUAUGGUCACAAGGAGAAGGACAAAGGCCUGCAGACCACGCAGAAUGGCCGCUUCUAUGCCAUCUCUGCGCGCUUCAAGCCCUUCAGCAACAAGGGCAAGACGCUGGUGCUGCAGUACACCGUGAAACACGAGCAGAAGAUGGACUGUGGCGGCGGCUACGUGAAGCUCUUCCCGGCCGACGUGGACCAGAGGAACCUGAGCGGGCAAUCACAGUACUACAUCAUGUUCGGACCCGACAUUUGUGGAUUUGAUAUCAAGAAAGUACAUGUAAUUUUACAUUUCAAGAAUCAGUACCAUGCAAAUAAGAAAUCCAUCCGCUGCAAGGUCGAUGGCUUCACACACCUCUAUGCUCUGGUUCUAAGACCAGAUCUUUCCUACGACGUGAAAAUCGACGGGCAGUCCAUCGAGUCCGGGAGCGUCGAGUACGACUGGAACUUGACGUCGCUGAAGAAGAUGGCCCGGUCCUCGGUGGGGCCUGAAGACUACGCUCAGGGCGCGGGAGACAAGAGCCAGGACUGGGAGAAGCAUUUUCUGGACGCUGGGGCCAGCGAACCGAGCGACUGGAACAGCGACCUGGAAGCGGACUUUCCGGCGCCCAUGCUGCAGAAGCCGCCGUACCAGGAUGGCCUGAAACCCGAGGGCAUCGACAAGCAUGUUUGGCUGCACCGAAAGAUGAAGAAUACCAACUCCCUGACGGAGUAUGACCUGGCAGAGUUCGAGAACAUCGGCGCCAUCGGGCUGGACCUGUGGCAGGUGAGAGCCGGGACCAUCUUUGAUAACUUCCUUAUCACGGAUGACGAAGAGUACGCGGAGAAUUUCGGCAAGGCCACGUGGGGCGAGACCCGGGACCCAGAGAAGGAGAUGGACGCCAUUCAGGCCAAGGAGGAGAUGAAGAAGGCACGGGAGGAAGAUGAAGAGGAGCUCCUGUCGGGCAGGUUCCAGGGACGCAACAACCACUUCCGCCAGUUUCACCAGCGUGGCAACCAGGAGCUCUAGCGACCCGGUAACGCCUUGCCCCCCGCUCUAACACGGUGCAAGGCU